AUGGCUGGACGCCGCCCUUCCGAGACCAGUGCCCUUCUGAAUGAGCAUGGGAUCGAUGACAUACGGAAGUCCCUUGCCCAAGUGGAUCAGAGGCUAUAUGGCACGGCUGGGGAAGAGGAGGCAGUUCUCGAUAAAGGUGCCGACCUCGAGACCGACUGGAAAGCCGAGACCGGCCUUUUGGCCCGGUAUUCCGGUCCCCUGAUACUGACAUAUAUCUUACAAUACUCUUUCAGUUUGGUCACUGUGCUGGUCGCUGGUCGGUUGGGCACGAAGGAGCUCGGGGCGGCGUCGCUCGCAACCAUGACGGCCAAUAUCACGGGUCUCUGCAUCUACGAAGGAUUGGCAACGAGUCUCGACACACUGACUUCUCAAGCAUAUGGGAAUGGCAAAAAGCAUCUGGUGGGCCUACAUGUCCAGCGCAUGAGCCUGUUGGUGUGUGUUGUGACCAUUCCCAUCGGCGCCCUCUGGAUAUGCUCGCCUUGGAUCCUGUCUGCGCUGGUACCAGAGAAGGACGAGGCCAUUUUGGCCGGGAAUUUCAUGAGAAUCUACCUGAUAGGGGCCCCGGGCUGGGCGAUAUUUGAAGCCGGCAAGCGACUUUGCCAGGCACAGGGCGACUUUACUGCAUCACUCGUCGUGAUUGCUAUCUGCGCCCCCUUGAACGUUCUCUGGAACUGGCUCCUGGUAUUCCGCUUCAAGUUGGGCUUUGCAGGCGCUGCAUGGGCAGUUACCAUUUCCAACAAUCUCCAACCGAUCGUUUUGGCCCUUUAUAUCCGGUAUCUGGCUCAGUCAAACCUUCAGUGUUGGCCGGGACUGGAUCUUCGUCGAGCAUGUCAGCACUGGGCCCCGAUGAUCAAAUUGGCCAUUCCUGGAGUCCUCAUGACCUUUUCUGAGUGGCUGGCCUUCGAUAUUCUCACCAUUGCGGCUGGCCACCUGGGCGAAACAGACCUUGCCGCGCAAUCUGUUCUGAUGACAGUGGCGGUGACCAUGUUUCACAUUCCCUUCCCCAUCUCCAUCGCAGCGUCAACCCGCUUUGGCAAUCUCAUCGGAUAUGGAGCGUUGAAGGCAGCUCGGACGGCAUGGAGGACGCACUAUCUGCUAUUUGUGUGUAUCGGGAUAUUUGAUGUUGUCGUGCUGACCUCUAGCCGACACGUCAUCGCGGCCAUAUUUACCAGCGACGGUACUGUACGUGCUAUUGUUUCGAAGGUUAUCCCCAUCAUGGCAGCCGCACAAUUCUUCGAUGCCCUCUUGGCCAUCUCGAACGGCCUUUUGCGUGGCCUAGGGAGACAGAAGGUCGGCGGUUGGGUCAACCUGGGCGUUUAUUACCUUUUUGCCCUGCCGCUGUCCUUUCUCUUGACAUUCGGACCGCCCCAGAUGGGUUUGGGAGGGUUGUGGAUCGGCCCCUGUUCAGGGCUGGCUUGUGCCUCCAUCACCAUGGCGGCAUACAUGCGCUUUACAAACUGGGAGAAAGCGGUUGAAGAUGCUCGGGCUCGAGAAGAGUAA